AAAGUACUGGAAGGGUAAAUAUUUUUUUAUAGAAGUAAUUUACAAAUCUGUUUAACUUUCUGGCACCAGUUGAUAUAAAAAAAAUGUUUUCCACCGGAGUACCCCUUUUAAAGAGAGAGACGCAUCAAUAAAGCCAAACGGUGGGGAGUAGCCAGGGAGACCGGCAUCUUGACUUUAUACCUCAUUCCCAGCUCAUCUUCAAAACUAUGAUAUGUACAGAGAGAGCCUGUGCCUGCUUCAUGCUGCCCGUGGUUUGGGCAGCAUGAAACACCUCAUGGGUUCGCUUUCUUUAAUACAGUGUGUCUCCAGCUGUUGCAAAACUGCAACUCCCAGCAUGCCCGGACAGCCAAAGGCUGUCCGGGCAUGCUGGGAGUUGUAGUUUUGCAACAGCUGGAGACGCACUGUUCAGAAAACACUGCUUUAGGGUAAACUUUGUAAUAGUUACGAAAGAUGACAACAGUGUAUCAAACCGGAUAGUAAAAAUAAAAUACCAGCACAUUCCAAUACAGGUCAUAGGACAUAGAGGUAGUGUGUGACUGGGAUAUUACCAUAUAGGUGACACGUUGCACUCCUGAUCCGUAUGUCUCCUAUAUUCUGAGUUACUUUGUAUCAAUCCUUUGGUAUAAGAGGAAUGUAUCACAGUUUUGUAAUUAGAAAAUAAAUUAUUUUAGUAUUUGAUAAUGACCGUGACUACUUCUGUUUUUCACCAGGGCUACCGGUAUAAAAAGCACAAGAUAGCAUCAAUAUGGAUCAAUCAGCGAUCAGGUUUAACCGUUUCCUUACAGGCAGCGCCGCAUUCAUCAGCCAGGCAGUUUACGUAAAUCAUUUAUAUGACCUCCUCGUCUUGCACAUUAAGGGAAUAUAGCGGCAAAUGAGCCAUUUACUUAGAAUUAUUGUGUACAAGAGCGUUCCAAGGUAAAGAUGCGGGAGGCGGCUGAGCAGGCAGCGCAGCAGGCGGCGGUGUCUCCGAGGGUUUCAUUAACAUUUAUAAUGCAUGAAGGCAGAUUAUGGCUUGUUGUUGUGGUGGCCCAGUACAGAAGUUACACCCCUGUACCAUUGCAGCCCUGUCAGGCAGACUCCAUUCAGUGACCCCUGGACCUUCCUUGUACCUGUGUCUUUUGUAUGAUCUUAAGUGCCUAUGGUAUGUAGUGUAAUGUACAUAUAUUGUUAUAUGCCUUUAAAUAAUGUUGCUAUGUGUUGUAACCAAGGAGGGUAUCGGUGACCUACAGGGUGACCUAUGGGACCCCUCUAGAGUCUCCCCCAUAUAAACCCUGUGUGGAGCUAGUCCAGUCUUCCUAUGCUCUUUUCUACUGAUUGCAGCAAGGUCAAGUCCUGAGAGUGUCUGGUGUCUUAGAAAGGCCCAGAAUCUACCACCCACAAGUCUGCUACCCCACAGGUGAAAGUCAAAACCUGGUAAGCUACAUACGGGGUGAAGUCUGUCUACUCAGUACCAGCCAAGUCAAUCUGUCGCAAGUCAGCGUGGACCUGCAUCAAAUUGUCCCAAGUCCACCAUAAGUCCCAUCAAGCCCUGUGGUCUCUGAAGUCACUGGUCAUCUCCUUGGGCCAAGCCAAGCAGUAUAGACAGUUACACCUGUCUGACUCGGUAAAGCUGCUGUUGUUCCGUAACUUGGUGACGGAGUCAUUAUUUGCCCCCGUGCCUAGUCCAGGAUCCAGCGGUAUACCUUCUGGUGGUGAAGAGGUUAAGCCACGCCCUGGUGUCAUGAACACAAGAGGUUAAUGCCAUCUGGCCCUAGGGUAAUUCCAUCUGCCCUCAUCACACCCUCACCACAUUAUAUUUAUCAUGCGCAGCACAACAUGGCGAGCGGCACACCCACAGACCACAGAUCUAUAGCUCUGUAGACGUAGGGGAAUCCAGCAAGAAACCAAAGACUUGUAGAAAAAGGAUUUCUCAUGAAGCCAGCCUGUAUCUAUAUAAACUGUUAGCGCAUCAGGACAUUAUAGGGGGACAUUUAAAAAAAAUUUUUUUUUUAUUAACUGGGUAAGUGUUUUCAUUGAAUAGCUGGCAUGUAAAGUUACAUUUCCCCUGUAGCCUUCAUCACAGGAGAAAUGUCUCACCCAACUUCCAACAAUCACUUCCCCCUUGUAUUGUAGGGAAGCCAUGCUCACGGUAAUCAGCUGAUUUUACAUGUGUGAAAACAUUACAAGUUUUUCUGAACUCUUCAAUAUUUCAUACAUAUGUAGUCCCCCUAAUGUUCAGUUUGCAGCCUGCUCCCCCAGUAAUAAAUGCUGGAUAUGAGGUCUGUGGGAUCAGGAGUGUACAGUUUGCAGUUUUAUCUCUCCACUUGUGCACAACCCAUGUUUUUCUCCCCUGUAGAAUUCCUUGUGCCUGCUCUCCUCCCUGUGUAAGCUGUCCUCUGAGUAGGCUCUCUUCCCUAUCUACAGCCUGUGUGAGCUGUCCUCUGCGUAGGCUCCCCUCUGAUCUAUAGGCUGUGUGAGCUGACAAAGUCCACCCUAUCUCCAGAAUCCCAGCUCCCCUCUGUGUAUGCUCUCCUCCUAAUCUACUGGUUGUGUGAGCUGUCCUCCUCCCUGUAUGCUCUCCUCCCUAUCUACACCUUGUGUGAGCUGUCCUCCAUGUAUGCUUUCCUCUCUAUAUACAGUCUGUGGGAGCUGUCCUCCAUGUAUUCUCUCCUCCCUAUCUACAUAUUUACAGCCUAUGUUUACUGUCCUCCAUGUAUGUUCUCUUCCCUAUAUUCAGCCUGUGUUUGCUGUCCUCUAUGUAUGUUCUCUUCCCUAUAUUCAGCCUGUGUUUGCUGUCCUCUAUGUAUGUUCUCCUUCCUAUCUACAGUCUGUGUGAGCUGUCCUCCCUAUCUACAACCUGUGUGAGCUGUCCUCCAUGUAUGCUUUCCUCUCUAUAUACAGUCUGUGGGAGCUGUCCUCCAUGUAUUUUCUCCUCCCUAUCUACAGCCUAUGUUUGCUGUCCUCCAUGUAUGUUCUCUUCCCUAUAUUCAGCCUGUGUUUGCUGUUCUCCAUGUAUGCUCUCCUCCCUAUCUACGACCUGUGUGAGCUGUCCUCCAUGUAUGCUUUCCUCCCUAUCUACAGCCUGUGUGAGCUGCCAUCCAUGUAUGCUUUCCUCCCUAUAUACAGCCUGUGUGAGCUGCCCUCUAUGUAUAUUCUCCUCCCUAUCUACAGUCUGUGUGAGCUGUCGUCCAUGUAUGCUUUCCUCCCUAUAUACAGCCUGUGUGAGCUGCCUUGCAUUUAUUUUCUCCAUGUCUACAGCCUGUUAUAUACAAAACUUGUUAUGCCAGAAAAAUAAUGUAUAGGUUUUAAUAAAUUCCCCUUCAGUAUGUUGUUCAGCUCUGCAGGGAUUAGGCCCAAAUCCCUAUUCACAUUACAUUAAGGACCUUCUGUUGGAGGUAUGACGUAGGAUCAGCGAUUUUUACCGUUGUACAGUCAGUCAUGCAGGAAGGGAUACAUUGCUAAUAAUAGUCUACCACAUGUACCCCGCUUUGUUUUUUAGAUGUAUACCUUUUAUAUGGCACAGAGCCAUCUACUACGCUAUUCUGCACAGUGUAUGGUAUACUGGCCUGACUGAGGCCAAAGGGGCACUGUUUUGGCCAUUUAUUGGGAACAAGCCUUACGAGCGAACCCUCAUUUUGCCUUAAAAUCAGCCUGUGUAAAAGAGCCUUAUGAGUAAGGCAGAAUACUUUGAUGACCACUAUACGUGGCCUUAACCGAACACUGAACUGGCCCUUUAAGACAAGUGCACUCACUGUAUACAAUGUGUGAAUGAUGUUUCCAUUAGCCAAGUGUGUUCCUUGUGAGUCUCAGUCACUUGUGAUGGUUUCAUAGCAAUAAUCAGGUUCUUCCCCGACAACUAUUGUGAGUAUUAAAUGAGUAUUGUGUGAAAUCACUUCCCAGCAUGCACUGGAGCGCUGCCUUAUGUCUGGUCGCUAUAUGCUGUGAUCGAGUAACAGGAUAUUCUUACAAGACGGAGGGUCCGCCUACGCUCAGAGGUAAGUUACCUACUGCACUUACCUGUGUACCCGCAUGUGCUGUGCUCUUCACCCCUGUCCUGUCUAUUCCUCCCAGGUGUGAAGCCGCGACUGCCAGAUAAGAAUUUACAUCACAGCUUCAAGGAAUCCAUCCAGUUUGGUCAUCUCUUUCCAUGUGGGCCGAUGGAAACCCCAAUAGCUCCCUGAGUUCCGGGAACUGUUCCUUCAAUAACAGCUCGGACGGGACGCUCUUUGUCACUGUGUACAGUCUGAACAUCCUGAUCGGUAUCCCUGCAAAUCUUGCUGCCUUGUAUGGGGUGUGCAAGCUGAUGAGAGCCCAGGCCGUGCAGCUGAUCUAUUUCCUGAACCUCAUCGUGGCCGAUCUGCUCUACCUCCUGGUACUGCCCCUGUGGAUCGUGUAUUUCAUCCAGGACCACAGCUGGACUCUCGGACCUUUGGCGUGUAAAGUCUGCGGCGCCAUGUACUUCGUUAACAUAUACGCCAGUAUCUACUUCCUGUGCUGCAUAGCCAUUGACCGAUUCAUGGGCAUCGUGUAUCCAAUGAGAUUCCAGGCCUGGCAGAAUGUGCGAUGCCACGUCGGGGUAAGUCUUGCCGGCUGGCUGCUUAUUAUCUUAUGCCAGGUUCCUGUCAUCUUAGCCUUGGAUUUUGACCAUUACGAUCUUUGCUACGAAGGAUUUGUGAGUGACCGGCUGCACGCCGUCUUUAUUUGCAUUGUCGCAUCCUUUGGCUUUCUGGGCCCGCUCUUGAUUUUGCUUGUAUCGUGCCAGGCAUCUCUCAGAGGGAUCGGCAGAGCUUCCCUGAGCCCAGGCAGCGCGGUCUGGAUUAAGAUCUUGUUGCUGGUCUGUUUCUUGACGUUCAUCUCCUGCUUUGGGCCGUACCACUGCGUGUCGCUGGUCCGUGCGGUGCAUUUGCUGAUUUUCGGACUGGACUGCAGCUUUCUGCUCUCCAUUCACUCCUACUACAGGGUCAGCAUGGCGAUGAUGAGCCUCAACACCCUCCUGGAUCCGCUGCUCUACGUGCUCCUCAGCAAGGACAUUCAGAAGGUUGUGAAGAGCUUGUGCUGCUGGAAACACUUCUCUCCAUAGAUAACCGUGUCUUCUAAUAGACUGGAAUGCAAUGAUGGAGAUAAUGGGCAGCCUCACCCCUUCUGGGCAUAAUGGGUCAAUGUUCUGUGUGCACGGUCUGCAGAUUGUCUGUCUUUAAUCUCUUUACUUAAAGGGGUAUUCCAGGAAAGUAUAUACGCACACACAUUUUAUUUAUUUAUUUUUAUAUAUAUAUAUAUAUAUAUAUAUGUGUAUCCUGUGGCCCCUGUUGUCUUCUCCGGUUGCUUGAUAUUCUUUGCCAUCCUUCCCUCCCCUUGCCUACAUCUCCCAGAAAUUGUUGCAGCUUGGAUCUGCUAUCCAUCUCUCUCUCUCUCUCUCUCUCUCUCUCUCUCUCUCUCUCUCUGUCUGUCUCUCUCUCGCCCCCACCCUCCUGCUCUAUGCAGCAGAAAGAAGUUCAGUGUGUGAUUGGCUGAGACCAGACACCUCCCAGUUCUCACCACUAAUCAGAGCACGACUCAUCAGUGCAGGGCAAAAUCCACAUGGUCUGUAUCGCUCAGGAGAGUGGGGGCUGCUUUCAGAGAGGGAUUUGUGCAGAGACAGAGUAAUUUCCUCACUUCAUUGUAGUGACAACUAGAGAUGAGCGAACUUACAGUA